AAGUGGUUCUGUCAAUGCCUUCACUCAUCACCAAAGUAUUCAUGCAUUGCAUUCAGCUAUCAGGCUUGGCUGCAAAAUGACCGGCUCGUCCCUGGCCACCGAGAGCGACAUCUCGCAGGAGCUAUCAGUAGACAAGAUUGGUCGGAUCACCCAAUCGCAGUACGCGAUCGCGAUUGGCGUCUUCUUCGGCAUAGCAGUACUCUCAUUUCUCGGCCGCAUUUUCAUCCGCCUCUUCACCCGGCGACGGCUGUAUCUAGAUGAUGGACUGCUAAGCUUUGCAUUUGCCACAUUGCUCGCAGGGACAGUCCUUGGCUACCUCCGUGCCUAUAUCAUAUACACCGAGCUGGCCGCUCUGGAAGGAGAUAUCACUGCCAUUCUCGUCAUCGGGUCGAACCUCUCGGCACAUGCCCAGGAUUUCGGCUACAACAUCGCCUUUAUCGGUCUUCUCUGGACAACCGUGUUUGCCGUCAAAUGGUGCUAUCUAGCAUUCUUCCACCCAUUGCUAGUGGGCAUGUCGCGGUGGUUCAUCUACUACUACCGCUUCACGAUCGGAUUAUCCCUCGUUUCAUGGAUUCUCAGCGCCUUCGUUGCACCCAUCGUCCCAUGUCCAUACACCGGCAUGAAAGCCGUCCUAAAAUGCUUCCCGACUCUACCCGUAUCCAACAGCACCAUGCUCGCCAUGAUCUGGCUGCCCCCAAUCCUGGACGCCCUCACUGACCUGAUGAUCAUCAGCAUCCCCAUCCGCCUCCUCUACAAAGUCCAAGUCCGCACCCUCACCAAAAUCGGCCUCGGCUGCUUCCUCUGCCUCUCCAUCUUCAUGUGCGCAUGCUCCAUCAUCCGCACCGCCGGCACCUGGUACCACGGCUUCCUUGACUACCCGUGGCAAGUCUUCUGGCUGCAUCUGGAGGGGUGUAUCGGGGUAACCAUGGGGUCGAUUACCGUGUACCGAUCCACCCUGAUCGGCUCAAGUGAAGUCUCCACGGCAUUCAAGAAAUAUCUCACCCGGAUCAAGGAUGCGGUGCUGGGGUCGUCGAGUGAGGCAUCGGUGCCGCCGGAGGAAACUAGAACUAGGACUCAGACGCGUCGAUUCGGGUUGCCAUCGAUUCCACAGGCUACUCUGACCGGAUUAAAGACUUGGUUUGGGCGGUCGAAAAGGGAAGAAACAAGUACCAAUGAUGUCUCGGGGAUUACCACCUUUGGGAGUGAGGAUAUUGAUUAUCAUACCUUGUUGAAGGCUCCAAAGGCGACGGCGGAUGCGAGUCAUGGGGUGGAAAGGAGAUAAUACCUUAUAUUCUUGAGAUUAGCUAGAUUUAAUCAUGUUUUCC